UCCCCACUCGCAAACAAUGAAACGGUCCUUUUGGGAAACAGUCUCAGAACUACCCUAUAAAAUUGGACGCGCCUACGACGGUGACAGUCCUCACCCAGACCCACGAGCACAGAGCGUUCCUAGCACUGCUCACGUCGAAGAAUGCCGCGACGCCGUCUGCCUGGACCUCAAUGAGUCCGUCACCGUGGUGGCGGCGGACGACUUCCGCAGACAACUCCUUCCGGAACUUCAACCAGAGAUUGAUGUCGAUGCGGUCCUGCAGCAGUUGAAUGAUGAUGGGACGAUUCAAUCAGGCCGGUGGGCUCUGUUCCCAUCCGAUCCCGAGGACACGAUGACGCCACCACCCAAUCCCAAACCCGUGCACGAAGACGAGGUAUUCAAGAAGUUCGCAGAGCUGGCCAGAGCCGUCGAAAAUGCAUGCCUUCACGUCUCGAAAAUCCCCGUGACGGAAAGACUUUGCGAGUUCAAGUGUAAUCCCUCGCGGGUGCCAAUGUGUCUAUCCCGUCAUAACACCUCGCGGCCCGACAGCUAUGCUAUUCUGUCUUCUGCGAAGGCGGUGAACGAUCCAACUGAGAAGGCACAGUGGGUCGAGGUCGCUGUUCCGGGAGAGUUCAAGAAGAGUGAUAGUCCCGACGCUAGAUGGGAUAACCGGAGAAAGAUACUAUGGUCGAUGUACCACAUUCUGCGGGACGAUGUAAGAAGGAGAUUCGUGUUCGGAUAUACAAUCGAGAAUCGGAUGAUGCGCUGGUGGUACUGCAGUCGCACUGAGGUCUUCGUGUCGACUCCACUCGAUUUCAUCCAGGACCACAGAUCCGUAGUGGAAUUCCUGCUCUGCGUCGCGUUCGCGGAAGAGCACCAGCUCGGUUGGGAUCCGACAAUCAAGAGGCUUCCACCGACACCUAUCUACCCAUUGCCACGAUACGAGAUCACCGUCCGGGAUACCUUGCGGGAUGAGGUAGUUGAGAGGACUUACCGGACGAAGGACCUGAUUUGGAACUACGGGGCCGACGCUUUCCGAGGCCGGGGUACGAGAGUGUGGUCUGUCGUAGAGGUGGAUGCGGAUGGCAACGAAGGCACGGACCUGUACAUCCUCAAGGAUUCAUGGGCGGAUGUCGACCGCGAACGGGAAGGUCACAUCAACCAGCUGAUACACUCUCGCGUUGCCAAACAAGGCGAAGAACUUGCUCCAGAAGUAUACGAUAGAUUCUUCAUGCAGGUUCACGCGUUCGGCGACGUGUACAUUGGCUCGCGCGUUGAUAGGACGGACAGCUUCAAGGUCGAUAGAUCUGGCGAGGAGCUUCCCAGUCGAGGCACGCUCACGGUCCUGGUACGGACCGACGACGAAGGCAACCCUCAAGAUGUCAAACUUCCUCGUCGCGGCGUUCCGAUUGUCACCCGUUCGAUCAGACCGCAAGAGCCGGUGCUGCGUUACUCUCACAAGGUGCAUCAUCGCACUGUUUUCAAAGACGCAGGAAACGAUCUCUUAGAAGUAGAUACACUUGUCGACGUCUAUUGCCGGAUCGAGGAGGUUCUACUCGGGCUGGACGUCUUGCACUCAGCGAACUGGGUCCACCGCGACAUCAGUUACGGCAACAUAUUGGUCGUCAGGGGAGAAGCCAAGAUCACUGAUCUCGAAUAUGCGAAGGAAACGUCCGACCUCGGUGCGCAUCAUGGUGUCCGGACGGGAACGCCAUACUUCAUGUCAGAAGAGGUCCGCGCAUCUCGUUACAACUACAUCCCUGACGAGCCGCAAGAACCUCCAUUUACGAAGACAAGUGUUGCGGACAGGCUCCAGCGUACCCAGCGGGAUCGUGCAGCGACCCUCUCUCACGUGCAGACAGCUCAGCAGGAGACUGGACCUGGCACCGUCCCCAAGUCAGCUCCCAACGAAGCCGCCGAUCCUACUCUACCGCCUCCAGACACGGCACGUCCGAACUGCGUCAUAUUUCGCCAUAAUCCUUUACACGACUACGAAUCGGUCUUAUGGCUCUCACUCUUCGUCCUUCUUGUCUCCGAGUACGAGAACAGCGAGCUCAACGAGAAAGGAGAACGCAAGUACGACGCUCAAACUUUCCAGGGCUUCAUCGACGCACAGCGUGCCUUGGCCUGGAGGCUCUUCUGCGAACGCGAUCGAGUGUUGGUAACGACGACCACGAAGUACCUGGCGGGGCAGACUGACGGCCUUCAUCCCACUGUUGCCAAGAUCAUCUGCGAGCUGGGUGUUAUGUGCUCUCGCCUGGUGCGAGCCUUCAAGGACGCGGAGAAGGACCUCAAGCCGGGUGUGGCCGAACCAAUCACGAUGGACUGGUCAGCUGUGAACGAACGGCUCAGCCAGAGCAUCACUGCCAUCAUUUCUAUCCUUGAGCAGACGCCACUUCAUCUUCUCAAGGACAUCGCGAAGAGGACGCGUAGACUGGUCAAGCCGAAGGGCGUCGGGAAUGAGGAGAUGGGAAGAGGAAUCGGAGACACCGCUAACGUCGACGGCGAUUCAGGCACAGACGAAGACCAGGACGGCCGACGAUCCAAGGUCCGGAGGGUCGGAGGAAGCAAGGAUGUGUCAUCUUCCUCGAGGGCUCAGCUUCCAAUCCCUUCACUUACGACGCUCAUUGCGGCUGACCACGGCUCCGAUUCUGAGCGGUGACGAUGUGUUUGACUGAUGAUUAUCAUUUGUGUACCGUGCCCUCUUCAGCAUUUACGCAGAUACACUUUCUCGCUCUUCACGAUUUCAAUUUAAUAUGAUACUUCCG